UGUUUCAUCCACUGAUCUCUCUCUCUUCAACAGACACUUGUACUCCGGAAUAGUCUCUGCCAGCCGCGGAGAUUCGGAGGAAAGGAUCAAAGUGAAGAUCUUGAGGGACACAGCUGCUCUACAAUCUAUUCUUCUGAAGUCAGCUGUACCCAACGUCACCUACACCGGAGAAACUGUCCUCAUCACGGACCUAACUGCCACUGCUCCAUAUCCACUUGCCAGAGUCCGCCUAGAUUGUCCGUUUAUGCAAGGUGAAGUCCAAGUCGCCAUCCGGGAAAAGCCUUUUCCCAUGUCAGGAGUUCAACGUCUUCUGGGCAACGACUUGGCAGAAGAUCUACAACCUGCAAAUUUAAUCAUCACGGAAGAUCCCCAGGUAUGUGACUCAGCAGUGGAAGACCCUAUCUUGCAGUUGGUUGAAGAGGUUCAAGCAACAGAUUCUGACGACGUUUUCUCUCCUGUUCUGGUGAUGAAGCUGGCCACAGCUGCUCGCCUGAAACCAACUGCUGGCAGCUGUUCCCCAAGAUUCUCAGAGCCUCCAACCGAAUCUCACACUACUGGAGUUCCAAAAUGGUUCCGGCAUUAUAGAACCAGGAAAUUGAAGGAGAACGACGACUGGGCCAACAUCAAACAACUGGUAGUUCCCAACAGCCUACGAUCAGAUAUCUUGCAUCUGGUCCGGGGAUCUCGCUCACACUACGGCUUCUACAAGACCUACAAGGUCCUGAAACAGGACUACUACUGGCCAGGUAUGAUUCGAGAUAUUAAACAUCUUGUCAAAAAUUGUCACAUGUCUCAGAUGACAGGUAAGCCGAAUGCUCCUUUAUUAAAGGCACCCCUGAUACAGGUACCAGUGUCUUCUGAGCCGUUCAGUCAUACCAUCAACUGUGACGAGCUUCUGUCCCAGACAGGCUCCGGUAAUGGUCCUUUGUGUUCUAUUCCGUGUUCUACCCCUAGGUAUUCUACAGCAGUUUCCGUCCAGAACAGUACGGCUGCUAACGUUGUGAAACACCUCGAGAAGCAGUGCCCGCAGUACGGACACCGCCAGAAAAGUCAUAACAAGUGUGAUACCAUCUCCUCCAACGACCUGAGUACGACAACCAACAUCACCAAGGUAUUAGAAAAUCUUCAGUCUUCCACCCUGGCGAAAGGAACACCAUCACACCGCCGCGAGAUGGGAUCAGGAACCAUAGCUACAAUCAUCAGAGCAGAGCCACUUCCUGCUCGACGUGCAACACAACGUACCAUCCAAUCUACUAGGUUACAACUUCAACCUCCCUUCGGACUUCAACAUUCUUCGCUCCCUCCGUCAGGAUCAGUUCUCCAAACUUUGCUGAAUCCUGCAUCACCAGGUGAACAUCAUGUAUCACAAUCUCCUUUGGUUCCUACUGUUAGCCCAGCUCUCUAAUCAGUGCUUGCUACGCUGGGCCUUGCAUCAGAGGAACAAUCUCCCCCAUCUCCUUGGAUCACCAUUCUCGUCGAUCCAUUCAGCAGGCUCGAUUCUACAGCAAAUUCUUACUUCAGAGUCCUGCAGUGCUACCUCAACAUCUUCAAGCACCAUCCACUCCAGCUUCUGCAGCAGACCCAGUUCACCAACCAACACCUGCUUCACUGGGCCCUGUACCUGCAGAACUUCAACAUCACUAUCUACUUCAUCAAAGGCUCGGACAAUAUCGUUGCCGACGCACUUUCACGAGUCCACAGGGGUGAACUCAUCCUCUCCUACUAUUCUACACUCUGCUGCAGUCGAAUAGGCAGUAGGAGCAGGCUUUGGGGGAGAGCUGUCACGGUAAAAUCACUAGGAAAAGAUUCGGCCUGCUCCAUCAUUACCUAUUCUACCCAUAUCACGUCUAUAUAUUCAAGUACUGUAGCCACAAGAAGAAGAACAACAACAACUACUUCCAGACGUCUAGACAGUGCCUCCAGUCCCCUCAUACACCCCUGACCGUCACCCGACCUCACACCUGGGUCACUGGGAGCUCACGCCAUCUCAAACAAGCAGUUAAAAGUGAGCCAGUUCAUAGUUACCAGUCAUCAGCACCAUCUGCACGGCCGUCAUCAUGUAUAUAUAGGUCUACCUACCCCAUUACAAUUCAGAUUACUCCUGAGUGCUCUGCUGAGUAGACCUGUUGACAUACCCCAGUGUGGUAACAGAGUUAUUCAGUCUGGCUCACAGUAUUCUACCACCAUAUUUUAUUUGCACAUUAACGUAAUGUAAAUUUGAUUGUUCAACUUGUUUGUUUUGCACACUUUGUAUUAGAGCCAAGCCUGGAUAUUAUUUUAUGUUUUGCAAUUUGUUUAAUUUCAGUUUUCUAUCAAAGUAAAGUAUUUUUAAAUGUU